AACACUCAGAAGAAUCUUCCCCAUCCUUGUGUUCUCCUUCUGUCUUCCAGCUUCUCAAUAAGCACACAGCCCCAAGACCACCCUUGACACCUGCACCCCCUCUAUGCAUGCCAGACCACCCCACCCCCACCCCUACUCUCCCCGGUGCUGUCUCUUGCCUCCUCCAUCCCUCCGCUGCCACUGAGCAGCGUGUGGCUGGUAGGGACUGGCCCCAGCCUUAUCCUGGCCCCAGAGCUGCUGCUGGACCCUUGGCAGGCUCACUGGCUGCCGACCCACGCCCGGGGCUACAUGGCCGGACCUGGCCUGCUCCUGAGCCUGCCGCUCCUACCCACACGGGGCUGCUGGGCACACUGCAGUUCCUGCAUGCCUCUGCCCUGCUCCCCCUUGGCUGCUGGGCUAAUAGGUGUGCUGCUGACGGCCUCAAGGUGUCCAGUGCAGCUGGUGGCUACGCCUCCAUGCCUGUCUACCUGGUCAUGCUGGCAGAGCGAGGUUACCACCCUAAACCUCCCCCGGGGGUGCUAUCACUGUGGCUGCUGCUACAGCUGCCCCUCGCCUCGUCACCCCUGUGCAGCUCCAAGCCACCCUUCCUGCAGCUAUUCUGCGGCCUACUUGCUGGCCUGGCCUAAGCAGCUGGAGUCUUCCAGUGGCUGGAGCUUUCUGAGCUGAAGCUGUGAGCACUGCAAGAAGGUAUUUUGUGCAGGGCCCUGGCAGGGUACUGGCCACUCUGACUCCUUCCUACCCCAGACGGCCUGGCUGAGCUGCCUGCUUAUUCCCCAUCUUGCUGGAGUGAGGCCUCUUGCCCCUCGACAUCCUUACAUGGCCUCCUGUCCCAUAGCUCAGGCCAGCACCCACCAGGCCUGGGGCCUGUGUUGCAGAUCUGGGAGGGCUCCUCAGAGGGGAACCUGGCCUAGGCUUAGCCCAGCUUCUCCCCAGGGACUCCACUGUGGGCAGUCCUAGAUGACUAGAUGCUGCAAGAGGGGAUCCAGGCCUCAUUCGUGAGGGGCCAGCACAGUGUCCUGAGAGCCCACUAUGGCUGCCUAAGCCCACAGUCCCCUCUGCGGCUGCAGCAGCUGGAGCACAUGGGCUUCCCCACAGAGCAGGCAGCAGUGGCAUUGGUAGCUGUGGCUCACUGUUGUGUGUCACUGCCGCUGUGGGGGGGUUGGGGGGGUGAGUUGGUCACUGAGAUCCUAGUGACUCAGGGGAGGAGUUGCGCACCCACCCCCAAAGGCCCUGGUUCUCCACGGCACAUGCAGACCCUCAGGUGACAAGAGGCUUGGGCUGGGAGUGGGUAGUCUAUCCAAGCCCCAGCUCUGUCUGCUGAGUGUUUCGGUAUGAUACAGGAGAGACCCUCCCUACACCACACCCCACUGUUUAGAAUAAAGACCAGUUUGCUUUUCCAAAAAAAAAAAAAAGUAUUAUCAUAUAUAGUAUCUUCUAACUGGUCACCUUACUAAAUUAUUUGGCUCAUUUUAAUAGUUUUUUUUAAAAGUGACGUUAUGUAGAAAAUCACACAAAUUGCAAAAAAAGCUACAGAAGUAUUUACAAAUUAUUUUAGGGAUAGAAAAGGACUUUAGAAAUACAGAAAAAGAUUGACAUUU